CUGUGUGUCUGCGCUUGGUGGCUCUCCUCUCCUCUCUGCCUCCUGUUUAUCGGUGCACUGGGCCUGGCGCCGGUUGAGCCGACCAUAUGCUCCCGACGGGGAGCAGCAAACAAAGAGUGCAUCUCCCUGGAUGGAGAUGUGAUUAUCGGUGGACUUUUUAAUCUACAUUACAUGCCUUUAGCUAUAGAGCAGAGCUUUACCAAGCUGCCACCCUAUGGACCUUGCACUGGUUUAGAUCUGGAGCCAUUAAAAUAUAUGUAUGCUAUGGCUUUUGCGGUGGAAGAAAUUAACCUCAACAGCAGCCUCCUGCCAGGAGUGAAGCUGGGCUAUCAAAUGUGUGAUUACUGCGGUCGAUACCCUUGGGCUCUGAAAGCUGCACUGUCACUGGUGGGGGGAGACACACACAGCUGCAACUCUGCACCCGUGUCUGCAUCUAAUGAACAACCUGGACAGGCAGCAAGUGAUCAGUCUGUGUCUUUGCUUAUUGGCGCCUCCUCAUCUGCAACAGGCACAAUGCUAUCCAGGACUUUGGGGCCCCUCUCUGUCCCAGUUAUCAGCUACCUCGCCAGCUGCCCUUGUCUCAGCGAUCGGCACCAGUUCCCCAACUUCUUCAGAACAAUCCCCAGUGAUGUCUACCAAGCUCGGGCCAUGGCACAACUGGCCAUACACUUCCACUGGACAUGGACGGGAGCUGUGCUUGUGGACAGUGAUUACGGACAUCUGGCCAUACAGGUAUUUCAAGAAGAGGUCGAAGGAAAGGGAGUGUGUUUGGAAUUUAUAGAGAUGAUACGGAGAGAAACUAUUUUGUCAGAUGCCACUCGCGUAGCACAGACCAUUGAAGCCUCAGCUGCGAAGGUGAUUCUAAUUUUUUGCUGGCACACUGACGUAAAGCAGGUUUUUCUAGAACUGGCCAAGAGAAAUGUGACUGACAGACAGUUUCUCGCCAGCGAGGCCUGGAGCACCAGUGACAACCUUCUACAAGAUGCUGCCAUUUCAAAAGUGGCGAGUGGUGUCCUUGGUGUGGCGAUUCGCAGUUCUACUGUUCCUGGAUUUGAAAACUAUCUCAGAACUUUGCACUCAAGUCACCGAACCAGUGACAUAUUUUUAAAAGAAUUCUGGGAAAUGGAGUUUGGUGGGGUUGAAUCCUUAGCGGGAGGCCAGCAUCCGUUUACUGACACUUCUCAGCUCCGAGUGUCGUAUAAUGUCUAUCUUGCUGUUUAUGCUGCAGCUCACGCCCUUCAUAGCCUUCUCUCCUGCACCGGAGAACAUGACUUGGCCAGAAACGUCUCCACUUGCUCCUCUCCUACAAACAUUAGGCCCACAGAGCUAUUGCAGCACUUGAACAAAGUGAACUUCACCACACCGCAAGGAGAAAACUUUUAUUUUCAAGGUGCUGAUAUUCCAGCAAAGUACGACCUGGUCAACUGGCAGACGACUCCUGAGGGAACGCAGAAACUAGUUCUGAUUGGUCGGGUGGACGGGUUUGAAAUCCACCUUAACGAGUCAGCAAUUCAGUGGAGCACAGGAAAAAAACAGGUGCCUGUUUCAGUGUGUAGUGAAAGCUGCCCCCCUGGGACCAGGAUAGCCAACAGGAAAGGAGAGCCCAUCUGUUGCUUCGACUGCAUCCCAUGUGCUGAUGGAGAGAUUAGUAAUAAGACGGAUUCUCUUCAGUGUGGGCGUUGUCCAUUAGAGUUCUGGUCCAACACUAACAGAACUGCCUGUGUCCCACGUCAGCUGGACUUCCUCUCCUUUAAUGAAACUCUAGGCAUCACUCUGACUACAGCAGCUUUGUCUGGCAUUGCAGUGACAACAGUUGUGUUUGUGGUGUAUCUGUAUUACCAUCAAACACCUGUGGUCCGAGCCAACAACUCAGAACUGAGCCUUCUGCUUCUUGUGUCCUUGAAGCUCUGCUUCCUGUGCUCCCUGGUUUUUAUUGGUCAUCCAUCAGUCUGGUCUUGUCGCUUCCAGCAGGCGGCUUUUGGGAUCAGUUUUGUACUUUGUGUUUCCUGUCUUCUUGUAAAAACCAUGGUAGUUUUAACUGUUUUCCGCUCAACUCGACCUGGUGCUGAAGCUUUAUUGAAGUGGUUUGGUCCAUCCCAACAGAGAGGAAGCGUCUGCAUCUUCACUUGUAUACAGAUUAUCAUCUGCACUGUUUGGCUGUCUCUGUGUCCUCCUGAACCCAAACGUGAUCUGGGUUUCCAUGGGUCAAAGGUCACCCUGCAGUGUGCCAUGGCCUCUGUGGUGGGCUUCUCUCUGGUUCUGGGGUAUAUUGGCUUUCUGGCCUGCACUUGUCUUCUCUUGGCCUUUCUUGCUCGGAAGCUCCCAGACAACUUCAAUGAGGCCAAGCUGAUUACCUUCAGCAUGCUGAUCUUCUGUGCUGUCUGGGUGGCCUUUGUUCCCGCUUAUGUUAGUUCUCCUGGGAAAUAUUCAGUGGCUGUGGAGAUUUUUGCAAUCUUGGCUUCUAGCUAUGGUUUAUUACUCUGUAUAUUUGCUCCAAAAUGUUUCAUUAUUCUUUUAAGACCUGAGCAAAACACUAAGAGAUCUCUGAUGGCCAGAUAGAUUUGAACUAAUAUAAUUUCUGAACAUUAGUCAAAAAUUGACUAAUUUUUAAACACAAAAUUCUCAGAAACGUCUCAGAAACGUCUCAGAAAGGUUGGUCAAACUGUAACUACUGUACCAUAAAAGAACCACUAGAUGGAAGCAUUAUACAACGUAAUGGAAUACUGUUUCUGUAUCCCAGGAAGACUCCUCUUUUGUAUGUGUGCAUCUGUGCAACAUUUUGCUAAUUAAUAAUACAUAAA